UACAAGAACAAGAAAAGAACAGAGAGACUCGCGUCGCAUUCCAUUUAAAGGCCAAAGUGUUUUUGGUGAAAAAAAAGGGGUUAUGGCGAAGGAACACUCACGCCUCUGUUCUCAAAUGGAACAUUUCCUCCGUCCUUAUACUGAAACUGGGUCUGCUUCGUUAACCAAGGAAACGGAGAAACAACUCUUAGUUUCUCUCUCACAGGUUUAUACAGAAAUUAAGCGGUGGAUGAAGGAAUAUGAGUUCGAUGAGAGCUUUGACAUGGCGGGAAAUAUUGUUGAUGGAGGUCAAGUAAUUCCUGAGUCACAUGCUGCUAAUCAUCAUUGUUUAAGUAAUGUUUUUGAGGUCUUGUGCUGCAAUUUUGUCACAAUUCUAAUGAAGAAUAAUCUCGUAUGGAGCCCAGUUGCUCAGAUGGUCGUGGUUGCGAUGGAGAAUCCAUAUAUGAAUCAUCUAGUUGGCAAUAUCCUGGUGGCUGUUUCUGAAGUUUUGGUUGAAUCUAUACGUGAUAAGACAGAAAGCUGUUGGGGUGAAUAUAUCAAUUUACUGUAUUUUUGUGUGGAAGUUUCAAUUUUUAAUGGUCUGUCUUCUAUGGGACUUACGAUGGAGGACAAAGACUUGAGUGGGGGUCCAUCACCUUCUUCUUUAUUGAAGCUCAGCCUGAAAAGUGCAAGUUGGUCAACGGCAGCUGUUAUCAUGAGAGUUCUACACAAUGUACUGAAACAGUUGAAUCGGGAUCUUAUUGAUCAAUUUUUCAACAUUUAUUUGGAGGCUACCAUUUCUUUUAUCUCAAAUAUCCCGUGGAAUUUGCUGUCGGAGGUUUACCAUGUUCAAGGGGACUCCAGUUCAUACUGUUUGCUUCGAAUGCAAGAAGAAAAACCAGAGCCAAUACUAAUAUUUCAGGGAUAUCUUCUUCGGUUACUCUGUUCGUUGGUUAAAAGUGAUUGGACAGAUGCUGCUGUCAUCGUUUCAGCAGAGCAUCCAUUUAUUUUUGAAAUAAAAAACCUGCUUCCAAGACUUCUGUCAUCAUGCCUUAGUAAUGGACAGAGCUCUGAUAAUGUUGCGAUCUGUCAAUAUCUUAAACAUAAGAUGUUGAUACUCAUGAUUCGACUUAAUAACCAAAUCCAUUGGGACCACUCAAUUGUACUUUCGUGGUUAGAUCUUAUCCACACAUACUUUCAAGAUGUAUUAUCCCAACCUAUGGAGGGGCAGGAUUUUGUUCUAGAUAAAUAUCUUGAAGGUUCUCCAUUUGGGGUAAUGACAUUUGAUAUGGGGAACAAAUGGAAUUCGUCGAAGCAUUUACAGCGGCUGUCUAUUUUCCUUUUCCUCAAAUGUUCCUCUAGUUUGCUGAACAUGAAAGAGACGACUGAUCAACAUUAUGCAUGUAAAAAUCUUAAGUCUUGCUCAACCCUUGACAUGAAUCGCAAGUGUUGCAGUAGAAGGAAAGCUUUGCUAGAGCUCCAUGAGUGGCUUAGAGAGCUUCUCCCUGGUGAUUGUUUUAUUGACCAUGAUAUGUACUCUGAGAAAUGCAUGGACUUUGCCUCAUCCUUCUUGCAGCUAUAUAUGCAAGAGGAUGAUAUUCUAUUUGAAAUGCUCUUGCAAAUGUUAUGCUUACCAUUUUACUCUGAAAAGUUUACUAAUGAAGUGGCUUUAUCAGAUGAUGAAGUGAGAGUGUUUUCUCUGAUCUCACACCUUUUUCACCCAAUACAUUUCUUUCACCUAUUCCUGGAUGGAAUACACUAUGAUCAUCAAGUUCUUCUUGAUUAUCUUAUCUCAAAAGACACAGGGGCUAGUUCUGCUGAAUAUCUGUUGAGGUGUCUACGUAAGGUAUGUGAUUCGUGGAACAUAUUUUUUGAAUUUUUAUGGAGCAGAAAAUGUCGAAGCAGAAAAAGAAAAAAGUUUUCAACAGAUGAUUAUAACUCUAGGGGAGAGAUAUCGGUUGUGCCGAGUUGUGUUAGUGAAGAUAUUUUACCACCUGACAGCAAAUGCAAGAAAGCCUGCGGAUGUCACAAUGAGGACUAUGUAACUCAGAUGUCACCGUUUGAAUGUGCAAGGAACUGCCUUUUUCAACUUAAAGCAUCUAUUCAAAUCCUUCAUCAAAAGAAUCUGUUUCCUUAUAAUCCACAAGUGCUACUACGACGUUUAAUGCGAUUUCAGGAGCUCUGUGGAGAUGACGGACCAUAAAAGCUCGCCGUUGUCCUAUCGCCUUGAAAUCCAUGUUCGACCGCACUCCUCCAUGCCAACUUGACAUCGGUUAGUUGAGAAUGACUUCAACUUCAAAGGGACGAUAUCUCUGGACUCAUUACAGCAAAAUAUGGCUUGGAUGUGAAUCCAGUACUAGCAUUCUAGACUGCAACUUUCAAGGCGAGUUUUGUGACUUUGACUAUUGAAAUGACGAAAGCCGAAAGAUGUCGACAGGCGAUUUUUACAAUUUCUCAUCAAAUGCCUCCAGGGAAGCCAAGGUCAAAGGUUUUAGAGUUAGCAGAAUGUGCAAAGCAGUUGGAAUAAAACAUGUAGUGGCUAAUUUCCAUUUAGCUGUUAAUUACUGUUAGGAGGUGGUUAAGUGUACUGUUAGGAGUGACACGUGCUAAUCACGUGAUAAAGCUAACAGCGGGCAGCUAGCAUCCACCUCUAUAAGAGAGGAUGUAAGGAUUGAUUAGGAUUCAAUUUUUGGAAUCUCUGAGAUAUUUUCCAGA